AUGCCAUCCAAGUCGCCCAGUCAAGCCAGAAAUGGGAACCGUAGGAGCCAUACAAAGUCGCGCAUGGGCUGCUUGACGUGUAAGCGACGUCACAUCCGCUGCGACGAGAACUAUCCCCAGUGCCAGAACUGCACUAAGCACAAGGUCAAAUGUUCCUUUCACGAUACACCGUCACAAGAAGAGUUGCUCAUUCAACCUCCGCCUGAGAAUACUCCAUCACAGUCUUGUUCAACCUCUAAACCUCGCCGACCAUGGUCGGCCAAGGCCAGGGCAGAGGUAAGGCAGUGGAGAAGGACAGGGUCAAUGCCUAUACCGGAUGAUCGUAUCAGAAUAACCCUGCAACCAACCAUAUACUCUGAGGAUGACUUAUGCUUCGUUUACCAAGCAGCAAGCAACCAACAUAGACUUACAACGAUGGGAGUGAGUAAGCUCACUGUUAUAUCAUCAUACUUACCGAGCUUUUUUCGUAUCAUCUCGUCGUCUCGCCUGGCGAUGAAUGGGGUACUCGCCCUUUCAGCAUACCAAGUUGCGUCAGUUACUCACUGCCAACAUGCCCGUCGGAAAGAGUAUCAAUAUCAGAUGCUAGCUAUCCAGGAUCUCAGAAGGUGUCUGUCCAACUUUAGGCCGGAGCAUGCUGAUGGAGCCCUUGUUGCCUCAAUGGCCCUGCUAUGGCUCUGUGAAGACAUGUCGAGCCGAAGACAGAUUGCAGAAGGGAUCUCAGCGAUUCUGCAAACAUGCCACCGGCUAGGUCACCAAUCCGGAUUUUAUCACAUGAUAUCAAAAGCAUGGCGUCAAACUGCCCAUCUGCACACAACGCUCAAGACGGAGUGCGGGAAGCCGAGUGGACUACAACGUAUAAUUGUCGAGAUGCAGAAAUUCAAGGCCCUCUUGAAGGAGCAAGAACCGGACGAUGACACUUGGAGACAACUGCGGCUACUCAUCGCCCUUGCGGAGGACUUGACCGAACUGGAGCCAUCAACACCCGCCGAUAAACAAUUCGAACGGAUCCGGCUAUUGCGAGACUACAAACUCUGGCUCCCACUUAACGACCUCUUGACCGGCAGGAACCUGUCGAGCACGCUGAUGGUUAAUGCCUACCUAUACACGAUAGCUUUAUACGCCCAGCGCCAGACAUCGCAGGCGUAUAUGAUUGACCUGGGAGUUGACCUGCCCAGUUUGCUGGAUGAAACGUUCCGGCAAAUCACACCUAUUAACUCGUACCUUGGUCCACUCAACAACCUGAAAGCUCUGGUAUCGUCAUUGUCAUAA